UCAUUUUUCUUCGCUAAAAUGGCUUCUUCGUCAAUGAAAAGCACUCGGAAAACCUACAGCUUUGAGGAACGGGAAAUUUUGAUAACCUUGAUAAAUAAAUACGAGGAUAUCGAGGAUAAAAGAUCCGAUCCAAUAUCGAUGUACAAAAGAAAAUCAGCAUGGUCUCAGCUCGCUAAUGAAUACAAUUCCAUGGUAGGACCCCAAGGGAUGCGUUCCGCGGUACAAUUAAGACGAUGUUGGGAAAAUAUGAAGGCCUGCAAACGAAAUCGGGAGGAAAAGAAAUUACGUAUGUCAAAAAGUUUUUAUCAAUUGUCCAAAGAUCACGUGCGAUUGAAAAGCUGGGAGAGUAGGAAUUCUCUACCGGAAAUUUCAAGACCUACCGGAAGUGUGGGGUUACCGCCAAACGUGGUGUUCGAACCAAAGGAGUCGGAACCAUUCACGUUGCAAAGUGUUUGCACUACGAAGCCUUUGAAAUCAAAUUUGAAGGAGGAACAUAAUUAUUCUAGCGCAGAUAAGACCGAUUCGAACUUAUUGUCGCACGGUCCAAUGGCGGAGUGUUUCGAAAAAUUAUCCAACGAUACUUCAGUUGCUAAGAAUUUGGACAAGGAAGAAUCACCGAGAAAGACCCGUCUGAUAUUCAAGUCGAACGCGACGCAAACGUUAAUCUCUCCAUCGUCUCGCAGAACAAAAAGGUCUCAUCAUAAAGAAGAAGAAUUGCACGUAUUAGCUUUGUCGGAAGCGCAGAUGAAGGUCGACAUCGCUGCCAUGUUAAAAGAGGAGGCCAGGAUUAAAUUGGAAGAGGCUCACUAUCGUAAAGAGGAGGCUAGACUGAGAAUGCUCCUUUUUACCUACAAAUUAGAUAGGAUAAAGGAGGAUUGAUACGAGAAUAAACUAUAAUGAAAU